GGACGGUGAAUUUUUUAGGCUUGAAACAUAUUUGUCACCAGCUAUACGUCACACGCUUUAGAUUUAAAGUUAGGCAGGCCAAAUAUCAGUUGAUCGCGAAAUUUUUGUUGGUGCCUCCGGGAAUUAACUUGGUAAAUACUAUUGGAAUGAAUUGGGCUAAGUUACAUCAUAAUGAGUUGAUUUUUACAUCUUCACUUUAG